AUUAAUUUAAGGCGGGAGAACAAAUUUCUUUACUUUCCUCUCGAAACACGAAUACCCUCUUUAACUAUCUCUCUAACCUUCACUUUUGUUCCCUAAAAUGGCGGAAAUCCAUGUAAAAACCCAUAAAGAGGAACUCAGAGAAGGGUCAUCGUUGCUCAAACUUCGACAACGAUGGGAGCUCGCUUCUGUUCUCAAUUUCUUCAGCGUUUUUCAGCCGUUGAUAGGUAAAGACUUGAAAAUUUCAUCGGAAGAAAUCGAGAAUGCGUUGAUUAACCCAAAUGAUUCACUUGCUAGUGUUCAUGUUACACUUCUUAAGGGAGUGCUGACUACUAAUGGUAUAAAAAAAUUAUCUAAACCUGACGCUUGGGUGACAAUUCUUUGUAAAACGCUUGCUGAUUGGUGGCCAUGGGUUGCUGAAGGUGAAGCUCCUCUUAGUGCAGCAAAAGGAGAAGAAAUAUCUCAGUACAAAGAACUUGAUCCAAUCACACGUUUGCUGAUGUUGAAGGCACUUUGUGAAGUCCGAGCGGAGCAAAAUGACCUGGCUUCUUAUGUCAACGAUGCACUGAAGCAAGGAGAACAAAUGUCUCGAUUUCGGAAAGAUAAGAUUGGUCAAGAUGGAAAUGGAAUUUCUUACUGGUAUGAUGGAAAUUCUGUUAUCGGUCAUAGAAUGUACAGGGAAGUCAAUACUGUCAAGUUGAAGCAGAAGCAUAAAGUUAAAAAUUGUCUAGAUAUGCUAGAAGUCAACUGUGAGUGGGAGACUCUUGCAACCAAUCUUGAGGAAUUUCGUAAACUUUCGGAGAAAUUGUCAUCUUGCCAAGGUGGAGUUGAGGCAGCAGUGCAUGAGAUUAUUGAAACUGAAGUAAUUCCUGCAUUAGAGAAAAUACACAAAAAAAAAUUGAUGGACGCGAAGCGAAAACAAAGAGAGGAGGCUGUUCUUUGUGGUUUUCACUCUCUUGGAGCUGGAGUCACCCGUUCUUGUCGCAUACGCAAUCCUGUCACCUACACAUUUGAUGAAUAUGAUCGGACUAUUAGAGAGGCUAUAAACUUGACAAGGAAAAGAAAAGACCGAGAAAUAGAAAGGAAUGACAGUAAGCAUCAUAAACAUACUAAAAGGGGUGGUUCCUCUGAUGGAGAAUUACAAAGUGAUGGUGGCUCUGAGGAAGGACUUCUGCCUUCCACAUUUAUGGACUUCGAAAAAGAUCAAAAAGGCAAAGAGCAUAACAUUGAUAAGGAAAAUAACCAAACUGAAAGUAGUCACAAUGAUGAGGAAAAUGAUCAACAGGCUGUAAAAGGUGAUAAUGAUGAGGAAUAUGAUCGACAGGCUGAAAGUAGUGACAGUAGUGAGGAAGAUGAUGAAAAAACUGAAAACGAAGGUAGUGAUGAGAAUGAGGAUGCCGAGGGGACUAACAGUCUGGGCGAAAGCCAUGAUUCGAUGGUUGAUGAUGAUGAUUCAAGUGGUUUUGAGCUUGAAAUCAGAAAGCCUGAUGAACCUAACAAUGGGAAACAUUUUUCUCGAGGACAUAUGAAAAUGAGUUUAGACUUGGCUUCUAAUCAGACUCUUGAGGGAGCUAGAAACCCUGGAGCAAAGAGUAGAUAUGGGCAGAGACCUGUACGUAACUCGGCCUUUGUAGUCUCUGAUUUAGAAGUUGGCAGCUCGUCUGGCAAUUCGAGAAGUGAUGCAUCAGAUGAUGAAUUUAGCAGCUAAAUUAAUGCUAAUAAUUUUUUUGUCGUUGGGUUUUUGAUCAAAGAGAAAUGUAGAUCGGAUAUGCUUUGUAGAGGCUGUAUGUAUGCAAGUUUUUGAUCUUUUGUUCUAGCAUCUCAAUCUCAUCUCGAGAAACUGUUGUAGCUUCCAAAAUUCUGGAGUUAGACUUAGUGUAAGCAACUCAAAUGUGCUAAACUGGUUUACUUAUUUUGGGAAGUAAGCUCUUGGCUUUAUUAGGCCCACUUA